AUGGAUAAGUCUCAAUCUCUCACAUCACCACCAUAUUUUGAUGGAAACAACUAUACUUAUUGGAAAGUCCGAAUGAAAGCGUUUCUAAAGUCUGUGGAUGAACGAGUGUGGGUUUCCAUAACAAAAGGAUGGAGAGAACCAGUUGUUAUCAUUGAGGGAGUUCAAACUCCCAAAAGUGUGGAUAAUUACUCUAGGGAUGAAAUAAGUGAGUGUGGUUGGAAUAACAAAGGCCUGAAUGCGAUUUUCAUGGCUGUGUCCCAGGAGGAGUUCAAGCUAAUCUCCAUGUGUGAAAAUUGUAAACAAGCUUGGGACAUUCUUGAGGUUACCCAUGAAGGUACCAAGGCUGUUAAGAAUUCUAAGCUUCAAAUGCUAACCACAAGUUUUGAAGAACUUAGAAUGAAAGAUGAUGAAACUUUUGAUGCCUUCUAUGCCAAACUCAAUCAUGUUGUCAAUUCUAGUUUUAAUUUAGGAGACAAAAUCCCUGAGAAUAGAAUUGUGAGAAAAAUUCUCAGAUCUCUUCCUGAGAGAUUCCGUCCCAAAGUCACUGCCAUUGAAGAGAGCAAAGAUUUGGACAAUAUGAGAAUUGAAGAGCUGGUGGGCUCUCUACAAACCUAUGAGCAUACUCUUCCUGUGGAUAAGAAAAAUAAGUCCAUAGCUCUCAACACUAUCAAUGAGUCAUCUGAUGAGUUGUCCGAUGAGUUGGCUAUGAGUGACAAAGAAGUAGCCUUUUAUGCUAAAAAAUUCAGGAAGAUGUUUGUAUCUAGAAAUAGAAAGAAUUGGGGAGAUAAGAAGAAAAUGUUUGAGAGAGUUAAUGGAAAUUCCAGUUCAGGAAACAAGGAAAUGAGCUCUAAGAAAUAUACUAGAGCCACCAAAGACAGGGUACAAUCUGAUAUUCAGUGUCAUGAAUGUCAUGGUUUUGGGCACAUUCGCUUUGAGUGUGCAAAUUACAAAAAGGCCAUAGAGAAAGCAAAUGGUGCGUCUUUGAGUGAUAAUGAUUCUGAGACAAGUGACUCUUCUAAGAGUCCCUCUCCAAAGAAAAAUCGCAACUACAUGGCAUUCACUUCUUUUGUUGGUGGCCAAAGUCACAGAAGUGAAUCAACGUCUGAAAAUGAGAGUGUAUCCGGAAGUGAAUCCGGGGAUGAUGAUGAGUUGGAGGAAAUCUAUGAGAAGUUGUACAAAGAAUGUGUAAAAUUGAGGAAACUCAAUAAAGCACAUAUUGAGAAUAUAGAUAUUUGCAAAAGAGAAAAUGAGGAUCUCCAAGGUAAAUUGAAUGAAGCCAAUUGUCUAACCGAUCAGUUGCAAAAGAGGAAUGUGUCACUCGAGGAUAAAAUGAAAAUGCAGGGAAGUGAGUUGAUUUUGUUAAACGAUAAGUUGAAAAAUUUGUCUACUGGGAAACAAAAGCUUGACAAAAUCCUAAACUCAGGAAAGUCCUUUGGUGACAAGAGAGGUAUAGGAUAUAUUGAAGGGAAAUCUGAUGUGGCUUCAACUUCAAAAAUCCCAUACAAAAGGGUAGGAAAAAUAAUGUUUGUUCCUGCUUCGAAUGAGAAUGGCAAACCUCAACUUUUGAAAAAGGGUAAGAAACCCCUACAUGUGCAAAAGCCUGUCCCACCUCCCAAGAGACAAGGAGCUCGCAACACAAGCCCUAUAUGUCAUCAUUGUGGGAAGGUUGGUCAUGUUAGACCAGAUUGCUUCAAGUUAAAAAAUCAUCAUGCCCCUACUUUCUCUAAAAGUAGGAUUGUCUAUCCUUCUAAAAAGAGUAAGAAGUUCUUGAAUGCUUCCAGGUAUGUUUCACCUUCCAUGAGACAUGAAGUUCACAAGGCAAACCACGUUUGUCACAAUUGUGGUAAGAUUGGUCACAUUCGACCAAACUGUUUUGAGGUUAGGGACCAUCCUAAGAGAAUUGAAAAGCCCUACUCAAGAAAAGGGCAUCAAAACUUGUGGAGCCAAGUCAUGGUCUUGACCAAACAAAAUGAGAUUAUCAAUGUGAAGUUAGACCAAUUGACUACUAGACAGAAGGUUGAUAAGGUGAAUCAUCCAAAAGUGAGACAAGUGUGGAUGAGAAAGGGGGAGGAGCAGACCAGACAUGGUAUAGACUGA